GCUCGCCACACUCAAGCUUCCGAUCCUUCACAUAAGCUGAACCUCUAACUUUAUUCUUUAAACUCGGCCUCCACGUUUUAUUGCAAGACAUGGGAUACACUCUACCGUCGCCAACGAGCCCUGCAGAACGAGUACGGACGCUCAUAGCACGAAAGGAAAACAUCGAAGCCGAGAUCGACGCGCAGCUUUCGAUAUUACAGACGAAUGGAAUCACGGACAUGCGUGCGCCUCUCGUCGACGCGGAGGGGUUUCCUCGUGCUGAUAUCGACGUCUGGAAUGUGCGACAGGCCCGUGUGCGGAUUAUUGAGUUGCGGAAUGACUUGGAUUCUUUGAUGGGUGAUAUUGGGAAAGCGUUGGAAGGAGUGUAUAGUCCGACUGUGGAUGGUCAAGCCUCAGAGCCUGCAUCAUCAUCGAAACCUGAUGCCGCUCCCGCAUCGAAGGACGAAACGAUGUUACCAUCGGAUGAGGAGCUGUUACCGUUCGCGAAGGUGAAUGGUGUGGCUCCAGGGAGUCCUGCAGCGGAUGCGGGAUUGCUCCGAGACGAUCUGGUGGUGAAGUUUGGACACCUUCAUCGAGGCAUGUUCACGGGGUCGGCUUUGCAGCCUUUGGCGAGUUUGGUUGCUGCUAAUGAGAACAAGGAAAUUUCUGUCUUGGUGCGAAGAGGAGAAGAAGGAAACAAGCCGCUAAAGUUUACCCCGAGGCAGGGAUGGGGAGGGCGAGGAAUGCUUGGAUGUCAUAUUGUUCCAUAUUCAUCAUAAUUGGUUGACAACUUCGAGGAUGUCUGGGAUCCUCCUAAUGUACUACCACCAUCGAGAGAUUGAGAACUCAAUUCUUGGCUGUAGCACCAUGUACUUAUAGCAUCGACCUGUAUCUCGUACUCCCUCUUUCCUGUCGUACAAAGGCUUACAGGCUUAUUGUGG